AAUGGAUGGUAUUUCUAGGUAUCUUAUAUGCCCGGCUCAUAUUCAUUGAACGACGUAGUGGAGCGGCAUCGUUUUCCAAGGCGCCGUGAAUAGUUUUUCUCACGACGAGUUUUGCUCGACGGCUUUUCUGACGAGUCGACCCUGAUAAACCUCAACGGUCUUUGCGCACCUCGCCAUUUUGAGAGAAGAUUCUCUUGUUGCAAUACAAAGAGAAAAGAUACAUAGCCAUGGGCGUGGAUGUCGAAGUCUUGAGUCCUGGAGACGGUCAAACCUAUCCAAAGACCGGUCAAACAGUGGUCGUGCAUUAUACAGGUACUCUCAACAAUGGGAAGAAAUUUGAUUCCAGCAGGGACCGCGGUAUACCGUUUAAAUUUAAAAUUGGAAAGGGCGAAGUAAUUAAAGGCUGGGACCAAGGAGUCGCACAAAUGUGCGUCGGGCAGCGGGCCAAGCUGACCUGUUCUCCAGACUUUGCUUAUGGUAGCCGAGGCCACCCUGGAAUUAUCCCACCGAAUGCCGUUCUUAUCUUCGAUGUGGAGCUGCUGAAGGUAGAACCUUGAAAUACCUCUUAGAGCGUACCAAAUUUGACCAAACGCAUUUCAAUACAAGAAAAAAAAAGAAACGCAUCAAAUUAUGUUAAGUAGUCGUCGCACGAAUGGCACAUCCUACUCUAAUGCCUUAAUUCAAUCGCUCGUACAUUACAAUAUAUUUACGAUUUUUAUGAAGUUACAUAUGAAAUAUUGAAAACGUUUCUCCAAUUUCGGAAAAGACGUACAAUUUAUACAAUGUAUAAAUUGCAGAUCAAUAAUAUUCAAACAUUGUCUCAUGGACUGUAGGGUCAUAUGUUAAUAUGUAGUUUGAUUACUUGCUCUCCAAGAGAUGCUACUUAACUUGUGUACUUGAUUUAAAAUCGACUAACCGUGUUCCUAUGAUGAGCGGUUGAAUAAAGGGACCCUUCAGAUAUUUGCAAAAUAAAACCUGUGUUCAUUCCAUUUACUAUGUAUUUGGUGAUCCUUCGAGUAUUUUGUACAAAGAUUCAAUAAAGGAAAGAACAAUUGGUAAUGUAACGCUACAGGUUUUCAUAAGAUAAAGUACAACAGAAAAUUACUCUCCGUUUUCUCAAGCGUAUACAUCUAAACAUCUUUUUCUUCAUAAUUAUAUAAAUAAGUAACUGGAGAAAAAUGUAAGAGGGAAGCAUUGCACUAUAAUAAAUCUUUUUCCAG